CUUUCUCUCUCUCUGGUUUUCUGUCUUUCUGUGUGUUUCCUUAUGGCGCCGAGCGCUGCACAUACACCUCCCGGGUCAUUUCCUCUCCUGCACUGAUUUAUUUUUUCCUUUCCGACAAAAUGUGGAUGUAUAUUUGCCUGCAUGCUCUCGGGAGGCUUCGUGAAUCAGCGGCCGGAGGGGAGGUGAAGCAGCUGAGAUAACGAACUAGCCGGGUGCUAUGGUGGAUCCUCCAGGACGGGACAGAGUUCUGCUUUUCUGAAAAAGCACUUCGCACGCAGGCCAUGGAUUUGACCUGGAGUUAAGAGGUCUGAUCACAAGCAGGUGAGCUUGGUGGGUCAGGGUGACCCCCUCCCCCUCCCCCUCCGGCCAUCAUCUCAUCGAGCCCCACAAGCUCCUGAUACCCACACACCCACACACUCACCUUUAACCUUAGUGUUCAAGUUGUCCACAGUGAGAGAGCAAACAUGACGGACAGAGCGGGUUACAGCAACAACCCCCGGCCGCCCGUGGCCCCCCUGGUUCCCCCGGAGCCCAUAGACAUCAUCCGCAUCAAGGCCCGCUCCCGGCGGGUCAGGCUCAACGUUGGGGGUCUCACACAUGAAGUCCUGUGGAGGACACUGGACCGGCUGCCCAGAACCCGUCUGGGACGUUUACGGGACUGCAACACCCACGAGUCUCUGCUGGAGAUCUGCGACGACUACAGCCUCAACGAGAACGAGUACUUCUUCGACAGACACCCCGUGGCCUUCUCCUCCAUCCUCAACUUCUACAGGACGGGGAAGCUGCACAUGAUGGAAGAGAUGUGCGCCCUGUCGUUCGGACAGGAGCUGGACUACUGGGGGAUCGACGAGAUCUACCUGGAGUCGUGUUGCCAGGCCAGGUACCACCAGAAGAAGGAGCAGAUGAACGAGGAGCUGAGGAGGGAGGCGGAGACGCUCAGGGAGAAGGACGGCGAGGAGGAGGAACACGGCUGCUGUCCCGAGCAGAAACAGAAACUCUGGGACCUGCUGGAGAAGCCGAGCUCCUCCGUGGCUGCAAAGGUACUGGCGAUGAUCUCCAUCCUGUUCAUUAUCAUUUCCACCAUCUCGUUGUCCCUCAACACCCUGCCGGAGCUCCAGGUUGUGGAUGAAUUUGGACAGUUCAAUGACAACCCCAGCCUAGCUCACGUGGAAGCCGUCUGCAUUGCAUGGUUUACUAUGGAGUACCUGCUCCGCUUGCUCUCUGCGCCUGUCAAGUGGGAUUUCAUCAAAGCCCCCCUGAACAUCAUCGAUUUACUGGCUAUACUGCCUUACUAUGUGACUCUCUGCCUAACUGAAUCCAACAAGAGUGUGCUGCAGUUCCAGAACGUGCGCCGAGUGGUCCAGAUCUUCAGAAUAAUGAGAAUCCUGAGGAUCCUGAAGCUUGCCAGGCAUUCGACAGGGCUGCAGUCAUUGGGCUUCACUUUGCGAAGGAGCUAUAAUGAGUUGGGCCUGCUGAUCCUCUUCCUUGCCAUGGGCAUUAUGAUCUUCUCUAGCUUGGUGUUCUUUGCUGAGAAGGACGAGGACGCCACCAAAUUCACCAGUAUCCCCGCCUCCUUCUGGUGGGCCACCAUAACUAUGACCACUGUUGGUUAUGGAGAUAUUUACCCACAAACCCUGCUGGGGAAGAUCGUAGGUGGACUCUGCUGCAUAGCAGGCGUGUUGGUCAUUGCCCUCCCCAUCCCGAUCAUUGUCAACAACUUCUCUGAGUUCUACCGAGAGCAGAAGAGGCAGGAGAAGGCCAUUAAGAGGAGGGAAGCACUUGAGAGAGCCAAACGAAGUGGAAGCAUCAUAUCUAUUAAUCUUAAGGAUGCUUUUGCACGUAGUAUGGAACUGACAGAUGUGUUAGUGGAAAAGAGAGAGGACAGUAAAUGUCCUGUGGACAAUCACCUGUCGCCCAGCCGCUGGAGCUACCACAAACACUACUCUAAUGCAGAGGUUGGUAGCCCAGCAAAAACCCCACAUUCACAUUACCAAGAAGUGGCUCAGCGUGGCUCCCCUGAACGACUCAAACUUUCAUCCAACAAAACUACCCCGCAACAUCUCAACCCAAAGCGAAUGGACGACACUUACACAGAGAAGGCAAGUCUCUCAGAGCAGCAGGACAAAAAAGUUGAAGAGAAGAAGGAGGUUAAAGUCUUGACAUCGACGCAAUCCCGGAAAAUCUCUCCAGAUCUCAGCACGGUCAGAAGAUUCUCUAGAGUAGAUGAAGAUUUGUUAUUGGAGAGAGGAGAAAGGAGCUCAAAGCUUCCCAGUACUGAAGCGGGUCAAACUGGUGGUAAAUAUCAGAACAUCCCCCCUCCACUGGAUCUGAGUCAGAUCAGCAACAUUGAGGCGAACCGAGGCGUGGACAACAUCCAGCCGAUGGGCAUCAUCAAAGAGGGUUUAUAUGAAUUUGUUUCCAAGUCAAGAGAAAGCACGACUGCAGAUGUGGGUUUGGGGCAACAGAGAGGGGAUAAUCUUGGGGUGACCUAUGACACCAUUAGCAGCUCCAUGCGAGAUUAUAAAAGCCCGCAAAAGACAAGGGCCCUCAAGGUUGAUUUAAUUGAAGCUAAAGAUGACGUCCUUAUGGCUAUGAUGACACCUGUGAUGACCCAAGCUGCCACUGGUUCAACCAAGGGUGCUCAACUACUUUCAGAAGAAUUGAUUCCCAGGUUUUCUCCCUCUCCUGGCUCUGCAACGCAGGACACUAAGUCUCCGUUGGCAGUCCUGCAAUCUCCUUCUCUGUCACAGAGAUCUGUCAGUCCAAGCAACUCCCAGAGGGAAGGUGAGGGCUCAGCAGGCAGAAGCUUAGAAGGUGAAGGGCAGCACACUGGCUUAAGUCACCAGGGAAGGAAUCACAUGGAGAGGUCUGCUGUUGGCUCAAGCAGCAGCGUAAGCCCACUGUCGUCUAAAGCUAGCCCACUCAACUGCAUCCAGGAGCUAGUAACCAUCGAGAGAGGGUUGGAAGGUGAAGGAAGGGAGGCAGCAGAACAGAGGGGAGAGAGACGAGAAAAUCAUGUGGCUCUUGACGGGAGCCUGACACCACCCUGUGAAACAAGCAUGUAAAGCCAUAAGCACAGAAACUUUCAGAGUCUGGGAUGCCAAAUGGAUGGUUGAGGUAAAUGUUUUGAAGAAUGGAUGAGAGCAACUAUCCAUAUCAAAUCUAUAACAUGGUGUGGACACCACUAUCAUGAUUUAAAAAAAAAAAACAGUAUGGCUGUGUAGAUUUUCUGGAGAGAUGUGCUCAUCAUAUCCCACAGGACUUUUGCACUCUGCAGUACUGACCAGAAACAGACGUCUAUGCUGUUUGGUCACAUUUCAUUCACGGAGUCCCAAGCAAAUACUCGCUUUCUGGGUAACUUUUGAAAGACACUGUCUCCUGUCAGUGAUAUUGACUUACUUUUGAAGACAAGACUGAUAAGCUGCAGAGCAAACACUGACAACUGAAGAAUCUUUCGGGGCUCAGAUGUGAGCAUUAAUAUGAAGCCUUGUGUGAAUGAGAAUAUAUUUACUACUGCCCUGAAGAGUUUUUGUGUACAGCUCAAUAGGUAUUGUAGAUUCCUAUUGCUUGCUACACUAUAUUAACCAAGGCACAUGGACUGCCCAAACAAUUGCUGAGCUCAGGUUUUUUGAUUGUUAUCAGGUGCAUGCAUGUAUUCUAGCACAAAGCCAGGAGAUCUCCAUGAAACAGGCUUCCAUGGUCAAGCAGCUGCAUGCAAGCUUCACAAGAUUGAUAUACAACAUGCCACAACUGGAGCCAAAAGGUGUGAGAUCUGGGUUUGGCAGAUGUCAGGAGAAUGCUUUGUUCUAAUUCCAAUCUUGGUCUUUAAUCAGUUAUAUGUAUAGGACAAUGCUCGUCAGAUCUAGUAGAAAGCUUUUUCCGAGGAGUGGCUGCUGUUAGCAACUCAAAGGAGGGUCCACUUCCUUAUUAAUGGCCACUGUUUAAUAAUGGGCCAUCCAUCAGGUGUCCACUGACUUUGGUUGAUAUAGUGUAGGUAGGCCUUUUUAUAAUGAUCUACUUAUAACACCAAAGAAAUAAAGAAAAGGCAGAAGGAAAUCAUAUUUUUUACAAUUGUCCUACAGUUUAAAAUCUUUUGCAAGACUUGAAAAAAACAAUGAUCAUUUAUAUUCUGUAUCAUGGGUGUUGCUUAAUCUUUAUUCUUUCAGUCUAGGUGUUAAUUAUUUAAGUGGGAUCUGCGUCAAACACAUGAAACCUGUGAUUUUGUUUUGAAACCGUUAGUGUGGACUAAUGGGGGGCAUGUUAAUCUGCUGUUUCAUGAACACUGAUGUUUGUCUCAAUGCUUCAUUUAUGUAUAUUUAAUUAAUGUAUGUAUCCGGUUUUUUGGGGUCUUCCUUUCCUUUAAUAUAAAACCUGAAAUGAAGCAGGCACCUGAAAGUUAAAAGGAGGCACUAGGACACAUAAACACAAAUACAGUUGUGAAAUGAGCAGAAAGACAUAAAGACAGAUAGUAAAGUGCACAAGGAGUGUGACUGUAGUUCACUAAUUUGUCAUGUGUGUGAGCACACACUGCCUGUGCCCCCUCUUACAUGCUCUUUUAUCUCAUCUCUUCUCAAAGCAUUGAUUGGUCAUAUUUGAUGGUGUGUUUAGGCAGCCCUCGUAAAUUCAGAACUGUGCAUGUAGUAACACACCAUCUGUUUUGGUCUCUGUGAGACUAAUGUGUUAUUCAAGAUUAAUUCCAGUUAUUAAUCAUAUUGAAGUUGUCUCCAUCAUUUCUAACACCAGUAAUGGAACUACUCACUGGUGAAUUGCUGAGAUCUGGGAUGAAUGUGGCAUCAAUAACAAUUAGCCAAUAUGACCAACGGGUCAAGAAACAUUAGCAGGUCAGCCAAUCAUACAGUUUGAAAAGAAACCUACAAAACAAGUCAAAUAUAAAUGUACAAAAUAAUAAAGGGGUUAAUGCUAACCAUAAUGCAUCACAGUGUACAGAAACACGGUAGACGCCAUGUUGGAAAUGCUUUCGCAACCAAUCUUUCGGUCAACCUAACAACAGGCCAAGAGGCGGAGCUGAGGCGGGCCCGUCAGUUAGGUCAACCACGCUUCCUAUUAUGAAUAACUCUUAUCCUUCAUAGAAUCAAAACAAAUGAGUUAUAACAAUUCACUCCCCUCGUAAUGUGUGUGCCGAUGAAGACAUGAACUAUUCAGACCAAUUAAGUUUUGUGAACCAGGCUGUAAACCUGUUUAUUUCUGCUGUAAAAACUGCCAUUUCUGAAUGGGUGUGUAUGUGACUUCAGGUGCUUCUGCAGACUGUCUCUAGGGGACACUCGAGGAACUGCAAUUUUUUGCACUUGCACAUUAUGCUUUAUUUUUUUUUUUUUAAUUUUAACACCAGAGGUUACUGCUUGGUUUGAACUUUUCUUUCAAGCCUGCCUCUUCACUCCUCCGGAGUUUGGCCCUUUCGGGACAGGAUUAAACUAAACUAAUGUUAAACUAAUGUUGUACAAAAAGUAUUAUUUAAGCAUACUGGACCCUUACGCACAAUUUUCCUAUACAUUUUUUUUUUGGUGGAACAUUUCCGUUGAACUGUUUUUAGUUCUGCUUUCUAAACUAACAGGUUUAGAUAUUAUGGAUAAACUCUUGGCCAGUUUCUUGACCCUAGUUUUGUCGCCACACACUCAGACCUCAGGAAUGAACUUUGUGACCAUGUUACCAUGACCAAUUAAAAAGAUGGAAAACUAUUAAUAUAAGACCAAGUGGUAACAGUCAAGUAAACUCUCCGUUGAGGGAGGAGGUGCAGGUUCACCAUCCUGGCCCUCAGUCCUGCAAAGACCUUUGUUUCCCUCUAAUGGCCCCUGACCUAAUGGUGACACACACACUGUGUGUACUCUUUUGACAUUUACAUACAUGAUGACUGGAGAGAGAAAAAGACAGUGAGUGUGUCUGUACGACUUAUUUUGCAGGGGUGCUGCUGAUUUUGUACAGGUAGUAUAAUAGCGCCCUCUGCAGGCGUUCAAAGGCACUUGAAUGAAAGGACCUGAUGCCUCUCUAGCACUGAGUAAUUUUAUUGAAUGUUUUUCUUAGAUCAGCUGUGCAUUAAUGCAAUGAUUAAUAACACAUGCUGACACAUGUAUUGGUGCACAAUGGAUGUCUAACACACACAGUGCAGGAUGAGUGUGUAGUUUGGGGACACAGGGUGAAACAUGAAUCAUCACUGUGUUCCUACUUACUCUUAUACUGUCAUAUUUUCUUGUCAUUUAAACAUAAGUUGUUGCAUUUUUAUAAGAGGAACUUGGAGCUGUGUGUUGUUGUUAACAUCUCAGUAUAUUUAAAAAAUGGGUGCCUUUUCAUAAAUAGACAAUUUAUGAGAAGGUGAAAAAAAACCUGUAUCCUCAAUAUGGCCAGAUUUUUGUUGUCGUCGUUGUUGUUUUGAUUUUGUUUUCAUCCUUGUUAUUCUCUGUUAGAUAUGUUGGGUGUUUUAAAACACAAAUCCUCAGGUUGUCAGGUUUUGCAAUCCUCCUACAGUUUCACAGUUCUGACCUCACUGUGCCACAAUCAACUUCUUUCAGCAAAUUCACUUCUUUUGAGAAAGAAGUGGCUUCAGUUACGUUCAGUAGCAAGCUCAGCGAUUGGAUCACUAUGGUGCUGCAGCAGAAUACUGUACAUUUCAGCCAUGGCACUGCACUUAAUAAACAGUGACAAUCAGUAAAGAUGAUUAUCUCAGAGAGAGUCGCCACUGAAGCUUUAAAGAUGCAAACAGAGAAAAACACUCUAUCCGUCUGGUUAGGGUCGGGGGUGUUGAUGUAUCUCCACAUACACACUGUUUCUGGGGGUCAGUAUCUAAAACAUGCCAGUCAAGGAGUGCUUUCAGUGGGAUCUUUUUUGUAGAAAUCCCUGCUCUUUCAAAAAAAAAGAAAGAAGUCAAGUGGAGAAGUUGGUUUGUUCAGUGGCUAACAAUGGCAACCAUCCUGCAAUGGCUGAAAUGACUUACAUUGUGAGAAACGUGCAGCGAAUUCACAAGCCAUAUUAAUUUAAAAGCACAAAUAAAAGUCCAACAGAAAUGCCAUGUCUGAAAUGUGCUAAAAAUGAAGGAAAGGUCAUGCAAAAAGCCAAAACAACUAUAUUAACAUAAAAUGCAUUGCUAAUACAUAAAUGAUACAAAGUUAUAAAAACACACAUGUUCAGAAAACAUCUGCACACAGGGGAUGAGAGAGAGGAGUGGUGGCUCUGUCAGGGCAGCUCCGGGUUGACUGGAGCUAGUGCUACAUGGCUAACUAUGUUCUAUUGCUAACCCACCCCCACUUCACUCAUCACCAGUCCAAAGUCCACGUUGACUUUAGAGAGGAAAAAAGGGUGGUUCUUUUGCCACACUGGAGCACUUCUGUUAAACACUGGAUUUGUAGUGUUUGUCUAUUUGCAGUUGUUUUCUGAAUAUGUACAUCUAUUUGAUUUUUGCAUUGUUUAUGUAUUUGCUGCAUAUUUGAUGUUAAUGCAGUCAUUUCGGCUUUGUGCAGCAUGUGUCUUUAUUUAUUGAAGGCCACCGUAGUUUUUGGAAAACAUAAAUCUUUGUUUGAUCACAUAUGAGCUCUCUCUCUACAGUCAGUGGCUGAUGGUCAUGUCUCUGUGGUAGCAUCCACCACAAAUAAACCCUGCUUUAUUUUCUGAAGAGUGAACAUCAUGUUGUGCUAAAGAAGGGUUGAAACUUCUGAUCAACACCUAGACAUAUGUUGACUGUUGUUAUAAUUCAAGUGAGAAGUAGGCUCUUAUUCACUUGAAUGCAAUCUGACCUCUUUUUGCCACAUGCAGAAUCUCCCCCUGCUGGCUUUAAGUAAAAGUGCAGGUUAAAGGACGUUAACAAUGGCCUCACAUUUCAGAUAUUUUGGCACAUGACUUG